AUGGAGCCGGGGCCUGCAGGCGCCGCCGGGCCCGCGGAGCCGGGGCCUAGCGUGCGCGGCGCGGGCCGGGCGGCCGCGGCCUCCUCGCUGGCGGCGGCGGCCGUGCUGCCGGCGGGCGGGAGCGGGGAGCGCAUGGGCGUCCCCACCCCGAAGCAGUUCUGCCGGGUCCUGGAGCGGCCGCUCAUCAGCUACACCCUGCAGGCCCUGGAGAGAGUAUGUUGGAUAAAGGACAUUGUCGUGUCAGUAACUAGAGAGAACAUGGAAGCAAUGAAAGAUAUUAUUCAGAAGUACCAGCAUAAGCGCAUCUCACUAGUCGAAGCUGGAGUGACCCGCCACAGGUCCAUAUUCAAUGGUCUAAAAGCUCUGGCCGAGGAUCACCCAGACUCCAAGCUGUCUAAGCCAGAAGUAGUGAUUAUCCAUGAUGCUGUGAGACCUUUUGUGGAGGAAGAUAUUCUCCUUAAAGUGGCCACAGCUGCUAAGGAACAUGGGGCAGCAGGAGCAAUUCGCCCUCUUGUAUCCACUGUCAUCAGCCCAUCUGCAGAUGGAUGCUUAGACCACUCACUGGAACGUGCCAGACACAGAGCAAGCGAAAUGCCCCAGGCUUUUCUAUAUGAUGUCAUCUAUGCAGCAUAUCAGCAGUGUAGUGACUAUGACCUGGAAUUUGGAACUGAGUGUUUGCAACUGGCUCUAAAAUACUGUCAUGUCAAGGCCAAACUUGUGGAAGGAUCACCUGAUCUCUGGAAGGUGACCUACAAACGAGAUUUGUAUGCAGCUGAAUCGAUUAUUAAGGAAAGAAUUUCACAACACAUUUGCAUAGUUAUGGACACCAAAGAAGAUGAAGAGCAUGUAGGUCGUCAUCUCGAAGAAAUGCUAAAAAAUGAAUUAAAUCAUGUGAAAGUCACAUCUGGGCCUCUGUGUCAAGCUGGCAGAGAUCUCCAGCAAAUCAUCUUAGAGCAAUGCUACAGUUUUGUUUGCGUGAAUGUUAUGACCUCUGAAUUUGAAGAAACCAAGAAACUACUGAAUAUGCUUAAAGAGAGUCAUCUUUCCAUUUUGUAUCCUGUCGUUGUUAUUUCAGUGCAUUUUCUUGAUUAUAAAUCAGUACAUUUUGAUCAUAAAAUGGAAAAUCUAAUGCAGAUUAGGGAACUAGCAAAGGAGGUGAAAGAAAGAAAUAUUUUACUAUGUGGACUUCUCAUUUAUUACCCACAGGAUGAGCAGAAACUCCAGGACAGUUUAAGGCAAGGGGCCACAGUAAUUACCACACUCAUCAAAGAGAGAAAUUCUGCAUUCAUUGGUCAACUACUGGUAGCAUGA